AUGGAACAAAAUUCUGUGGAUCCAUUUGCCUCAGAAAACAGCGGAACUGCCCGAUUUGUGGAUAAGCUAGUUGAUAAUGGUUUAGCGGGUAGCGGUGGUGCGUGCAGCAGUAAUAGUGCAACUAUAAACGCCACGCAUGAAUUUCAAACUAUGAAACCGGGCUUGGGUCAAAAGCCUGGCCAAACUUUAGGAAGAACCGAAAUACCGCAUAGUGAACUUGUAAAGAUGCUAUAUUUUUUGGAGGGUGAACUUCAAGCUCGCGACGUCGUAAUUGCUGCAUUAAGGAAUGAACGAGUCAAACAAUAUAUAACGCAACUGCGUACCAAACGUGUGCAAUCAAAUGAUCCAUAUGCGGCAAUUUUCCGUGAUAAAAUAGCACUAGCCGGCAAUAUGAUAUCGCGAGAAUCAUCAACACAAGCGGCUCAAGCAGAAAUGGAAGUGCGACAAAUAAUUGAACAGCAAAUGGAGCAACAAUAUCAAAUGGUUAGCAAACAACGUGCCACGCAUUUGCGUAUGGUCAACAUACUUACAGAGUCUUUGGAAAACAAUCAACGUAUGUUGCAGGAAUUAGAAGAAGAAAAGCGAAAGCAUGAACAUGACACAGCUCAGGGUGAUGACAUUACCUAUGGUUUAGAACUAGAGAGGACUAAGUUACGACAAGAGUUGGAAGAGGAACGAGCGCAAUUGAAAAAAAUGGAAAAAGAAAUGAAAAAGCUGCAAGAAACUUUGGAUUACGAACGAAAUCGUCAAAAGCAAAUAGUUCUCUUGCUUAUAGCUGAACGUAAAAAGAUUCUUAUGAAGUACAUUGAAGAGGGUAAACGGUCAGAGGACUUGGCGCAGAUACUAGCAGAGGAGAAGCAACGUUCCGAUACUAUUGCGGAAGGUCUAGAAGAAGAGAGUAAAAAGUCAUUACGUAUGGAAGAGGAAAUGGAGAAGCAAUCUGCUGCGUUUGAAAAUGAACGCAAAACAUUCAAAUUGACCGCUGCCAAGGAAGAGACGCGAAUUAAAGAACUCGAACAAGAGGUAGCGUUGCUGCGUGCUGAGAAUGAGGCUUUAAAGAAACAGCAACAGAUAUUGCAACAAAGUGUGGCGGCUGGUGUGAGCGGAACACUUGUUGGCGGUGCCAAAGCUAGAACUCUUAGUGAUGAUGCAUGUGCCACACCAAUGGUAAAUAUUGCGAAAAUCGUGCAACCAACAGCGACUGUAACGAGUGUACCCGUUUCUGGUCCAACAACCGGCAUUGCACGUGCGCCCGGUCAGACAUUGCGCAGCGGUGUAGGCAAUGCACUGCCCGCUAUAGCAGUAGCACAAUCAGUUGCAACUGCCAUACCGCUACAAACAGUUGCAUUAGCCAAUGCAGGCAAUAUAAUCGGUGAUAGCACAACAACUGUAGCUGCUGCAAUAUCAGCAGCAAUUACCUCAACAGCAAGUAAUUUAACAGCCGGUAGUGUAGUUGGUGCUGUUGGUUCGAUUGUAGCGGGUGCACCACCAUCCCCAUCGCCUGUGAAAAUGCAGCCAACAGCAACUAUACAGCGUGCACCAGGCGGUAAAUAUGCAGCUUUAGCUGCAGCUGCUGCCGCAUCGCACUCGCUGGAUCAGACGGCGACGGCGCCACAUCCAGUGCCAAUUGCUGUACCACCCGUUACAGUACCACCGGCUGGCGCACGUGGUGCACCACCACCUAUACCCCCCAAUAAACCCAUUGUACCGCCAAAGCGUGAACCAUCGCUAUCGCGUUUAAGUUCAAUUGCUGUGGCUAGUGCAGUCUCCGGCACGGUUGGUGUAAAUUCAGCUAAUUCAGUUGGCAUUUCAAACGCUACAUCCAAUACAAAAUUAAAUUAAAAACGCUUUAACCGCCAACACCGUACGAGUAUACUGUUUCCAAAUAAACAAAUUAGUAGGAACAUGAAAAAAUCCAAGAUUCACAUAUAAAAUUGAUAUUCAGUUACAAAAAACACUGAUACAACAAUUAAACUGUUAACUGCUGUGCGUAUAUGCGUAAGUUGGCAUAAAUAUUCACUAUCUUGGUUCGUUGAAAAUUAGACUAAAAAAUUAAUAUUAAAUAAUUCACAUUUACCUCGGUUCUUAUAUGAGCAUAACCAGUACACAUAAAACGAUAUUGUUGGUAUAAAUGUUCUCAAUUUUACUAUUAUGCAGGCUUAGCUGCUUACCCCCCGCAGCUUGUGAAAUUCAUGUAAUGUUAUAUAUAUUUUAUUUUAAGUUUCUUGUACAAGACGUGUAAUCGUAACAUAUAAAGCUGGCUUUGCAUUUGUUUUCUAUUACUGUUCGGGCAGUAGUGUGUCUCGCCAAUGGCAAAUAUUGUGAAACUCGUGCAAGCAA